GGCAUCACCAGAGGUUUCCAGGCUGAAAAUGGAGACAGAUGGGCAGGAGCGAAUGCUGGAUACCAAAAGACCUGGGCAUAUGCCAUCCACCUACCCACUUCAGGAACAUGGCACUGGGCCUGAAACAGAGCCUCUUGUAGAGCAGAGCGUCCACCAACACCUGCAUAGACUGUUUGGACAUGCUACAGCAGAGUACUUUCUUAGCCCCUCCUUCACGCACACAGCCACGCCCCCCUGGCUCAGACAGAUGAUGGAUCACAUGGAUAUUGAUGAUCGGGUGAGUGCAGUUGCAAUAUGGGAUGCCAUGCGAGAGCACUCCAAUGCUGAGCUUAUGAGACUGGAGGCAGAGUCUCCUCAGCAGCCUGCUCUGCAGAACAAGAACAGCACAGAUGGCAGAGAUCUGGAACGAGGGAGGGGCCACCAGCCUGCCUUAUUCCAGGUCAGGCUCAUGUUCCGCUUGGCCCAAAUCAACCAGUCCCGCGCCGCCCUGCUCCUUGCCAACAACCGCCUGCCUCCUCUCUCAGAGACCUGGGAGCAGGAGGGUCCUCGAAAGUACUUCCAUCAAAGGAGAACCACUGAGACACAGGGAGGCCGGCACAAAGAUGACAGGGGAAAACACAGUCGGAUAUGA